CGUCGAGUCUCAAAACGCCGUCUUGAACGCUCCCUUGGGCAGUUUUCCCCUCUUUCCGUUUCCUCCCUGCGGAAGUCCACUCAUUCACCUCCCAACUAUCCCAGUCAUUACUUGUUCACCUUGACUAACUGCGCGUCUGGUCUACGUGCUACAACACUCCUUUCAAGUUCAUUUAUUACAUAGACAGCAACUACGAUAUUUGCGAUGAAGUCGUUCGCACCAUCCGCGCUCGCGCUUCUCGCGGCCGCGCUCCUCCCCACGGCCUUUGCACAAACGCACACGAAUUGCAAUCCGCUAAAAGAGGGCGGCACCAAGUGCCCGUCAAUGCAGGCGCUUGGGGGAAAUGCGACAUUCAACUUCAAUAAGACGGGCAUACCGACCGGCGACAAGAUCUGGACGAAGCAGAACCAGGGCAAAAUCGACUGGAACGAAAAGGGCGCCACCUUCACCGUCGAGCGCUCCGGCGACUCGCCAACGGUCCAGUCCAAAUUCUACAUGCUCUUCGGGCGCUUUGAAGUCAUCAUGCGUGCCGCGUCGGGUAGGGGCAUUGUUUCUAGUGCUAUUCUGCAGUCAGAGGCUCUCGACGAAGUGGAUUGGGAAUUCCUCGGUUCAAACAACACGCACGUUAUGACAAAUUUUUAUGGAAAAGGAAAUACCACUUCGUCUGAUCGCGGCAAGGAAUACAAGAUGGACAAGGGACCUCAGGACGAGUUCCACAACUACACGAUUGACUGGACCAAGGAGCGCAUUGAGUGGUGGCUCGAUGGCAAGAAGCUGCGUGAGUUGCUGCCUGCGCAGGCUCUUGGGGGCAAAAACUAUCCCCAAACUCCAAUGAAUGUGAGGAUGGGCAUUUGGGCAGGCGGCGAUACGAAGAACAACAAGCCUGGCGUUGUGGAGUGGGCAGGCGGCGAGACGAACUUCGACGAGGGACCGUUUGUCAUGACUGUUGCGUCAAUAUACGCCAAGGACUACACCAGUGCUGCCGAGUACUCGUGGGCAGACAUGGACGCUUCUGGCUCAUGGGAGAAGGUCAAGGUGAUCACCGGUAAAUCUAAAAUCCUACAAGAACUCGAGUCACCCUCAGGCGUGCACAACAGAUGGCAAGCCCUUCCCCAGGGUGCCAAAAUCGGCAUCAUUGCAGCUGCUUUAAGCGUCCUCACUGUUAUCAUUUGCUUGAUCAUGUUCUGCUGCGUCAAGCAGCGCCGCGCUGGCCGUAAGGAACACGAAGCCCUCUUGGCUGAGGAGCACAAGGAGGCGGCCGAGCUGCAGGAGUAUAAGAAGCAGAUGCAGGCUGGGAAGUUUGGCUUUGGGUCAUCGGGGAACCGCGUGUAGAGGAUGAUUGAGCAAUGGAGCGGGUUGGAUGCGGGCUCUCAGCUAUCUUCUAUCAUGUCUUUGUUACGAUUGAUUUCUUGCUUCAUAUACCCUUGUUGCUAUAGUCCACCAAAACUAUAGCCGAGUACCUAGUUGUCUAAUAGAAGCUGGCUUGAUGUCAUGCUCAGUAUUCUCAUAUGAGGUUGC